AAUACAGCAAGUGUCUCUCGCUGUAGAGCAGAUAUGGAUAUUCUCAGGAGUAUCGCUCACCAACCCACCAUGUGUGAACACUCGGUGAACAAGUCCUCCGAGAUCAAUAGGAAGAAAUCAGAGGAGCAAAUUCAAUCCACACAAGAGUUGUCACGGAUUAUUACGGAUCCUACGAAGGGGAAAUGCUAUUGCCGAGGAAAAGUUCUGGGCAAGGUAAAUUCAUUUCAACAGAUGGGUUAGGAAUUCUACCUGGCUGAAUCUUUUAUAAAAUUCCAAUAUUGUCCAUGGAAAAAUCAUUUGUACACUGUUCAUGUUUUCAUUUGCAGUAGCCUAUUGCAAACCAUUUUUAUUGAUAAGAUUAUGAUUUAUCACAUUAUUGGCGUAGGCUAGAAACGGUUUCUCUGUGGGUCCAUGCAAUUACACAUAUGGCUGUGAUAAGAUAUUGAGCGUCAGGCUACAUUGAUCUGCUGGUCCAUUUUCAAUACCUCUUUGUUGAUUUACCAAUCUGACACUUCUCUGUCCAUAGGGAGGAUUUGCCAAAUGUUAUGAAUUCACAGAUUUGGCAUCAGGCAAAGUGUAUGCUGCGAAGAUCAUUCCACACACGCGCGUCUCCAAACCGCACCAAAGGGAAAAGGUAUGAGCAAUAACUGCUUUAUGUUCCUUUAUCGAUGGUGGCACAUAUCGUGUGUGUGUGUGCAUGUUAUUUAUAACAAUACAUCAAUUGUUAGUUUUUUAAUGUUAUUUGACAAAAUGUAAUUUGAAUUCAUCAACAGAUUGACAGAGAGAUUGAGCUGCACAGAAUUCUCCACCAUAAACACAUUGUACACUUCUACCACUACUUUGAGGACAAAGACAACAUCUACAUUCUCUUGGAAUACUGCAGUCGACGAGUAAGUAAUACCCUCCCCUAACCUUUACUGAAAUGGUUCAUUAACAAAUGCUCAUUUUCAUUUUCCCUUGCAAAAUGUUGUGCCUUAAUUAACACGACCCUGCUGCCUACUUCCUGUUUGGUAUCAACAGAGGUGCAGUCUUUUUAACCACUUCCUUUGUUUACCUUGCAGUCACUGGCCCACAUCCUGAAGGCUCGGAAAGUACUGACGGAGCCUGAGGUGAGGUACUACCUCCGACAGAUCGUCUCCGGGCUGAGGUACCUCCACGAACAGGAGAUCCUGCACAGGGACCUGAAACUGGGUAGGUUGGCCAGUUACACCAGUCUCUGUUGGACCAUUGGACGAAAUAUCGUUUUGUUUCACCAUUAAGCAGACAAAUGGAUGCUAACCAUUCCUGGAAUGUUAUAGAACAAUGGCACAUCCUUCAGGUCAUUGAAAGAACAUUGGUUCUCAUUGACUUCUGACUUAACACAGCUUUUAAAGGAAUAAUUAUUUGGUAGAGCAUGGCGUUUGCAACGCCAGGGUUGUGGGUUCGAUUCCCAUGGGGGGCCAGUAUGACAAUGUAUGCACUCACUAACUGUAAGUCGCUCUGGAUAAGAGCGUCUGCUAAAUGACUAAAAUGUAAUAAUCAUUCUACCUUGCUGAAUGUUGUGCUUUUCAUAAGAUGGUGAUGUGCAUAGCCAAUUUCAUUAGACAGACUGCCUCUUGUAUAUUUUCCCCUCUUAGGUUAUGUCCUCAUUAUCAUGACCAACGUCACUAAUCUCCCCCCUCCCCCCCGUAGGCAACUUCUUCAUCAACGAGUCUAUGGACCUGAAGGUAGGGGACUUCGGCCUGGCUGCCAAGCUGGAGCCCGUGGAGAACCGAAGGAGGACGAUAUGUGGCACGCCCAACUACCUGUCCCCCGAGGUGCUCAACAAGCAGGGCCACGGCUGCGAGUCGGACAUCUGGGCACUGGGAUGUGUCAUGUACGUUUGGUUUGGAUACUUCCAUGUUCCGAUUCACCUCAAUGGAGCCUUUUGCAUCAUUCAGAUCAGAUUCAUGUCUGAAUUCCCUAAGGGUUUAAGUCCUAACCUGAGAUGUAGGCUACUUAACAACUUGGCUAAAUCCUGCAUUUGUGUCAGUUGGAGAUUUGAGAUUUGUAAUAUAGGUUUAGGUUAUGCACAUGCUUCUCAUGUUAGGAUUCAGCCGUUGAAGUUCAAGUUUAGAUAUUCAACUCAUGUUUAUUUGGACCAUCUUAAAUGGUGGUGCAGGCAGCUACAAUUUAAUGGUUGUGAUUGUUGUGAACACUGGGCUAUUCCCUUGACUGUAAAAAGGUGGAUAGAUUAUAGGUCUGACCCAAUCACUGUCAGUCAUUAGUGGGGUUACUGACUGUCUCUGUCUGUCCCUUGCAUCUGCAGGUACACCAUGCUCCUUGGCAGACCCCCGUUCGAGACCACCAACCUUAAGGAGACGUACCGAUGUAUCCGUGAGGCACGCUACACGCUGCCCUCCUCCUUGACGGCUCAGGCCAAACAGCUGAUCAGCAGGAUGCUGGCCAAGAGCCCUGCAGACAGACCACACCUGGAGGACAUCCUCAGACACGACUUCUUCACCCAGGUGUGUUUUAUGUUUGGAAGGGGGAGGCUGUCUGUCUCUGUGUGUGUGUGUUAGAGCCAGAUCUGUCACAUACCAACCAUACCCACUCUCACACUCCUCAACACUUUUCUCCACGCGCAUCAACUCCAUUAACCCCAUAUUUAGGUAGAGAUCAAUCCAUACUUGGUCCCUGGGCUACCUCAACACCAUGCUAACUUCCAUUCCCUUUAUGUGUGUCUCCCAGGGGUACACUCCAGACAAGCUGCCUGCCAGCUGCUGCCACACAGCCCCAGACCUCCACCACACCAGCCCUGCCAAGAGCUUCUUUAAGAAGGCUGCGGCUGCCCUGUUCGGAGGGGGCAAGAAGGACAAAGCCAAGUACUUGGGGACUUUGAGUAAGUAGUAGUUUAAAGAUACUCCCAGUCCUAGUAUGGACAUGCGUGCUUAUUAUUGGCCCUCCUGUAGCUCAGUUGGUAGAGCAUGGCGCUUGCAACGCAAGGGUUGUGGGUUCGAUUCCCACGGGGGGCCAGUACGAACAAUUUAUGCACUCACUAAUUGUAAGUCGCUCUGGAUAAGAGCGUCUGCUAAAUGACUAAAAUGUCAAUUGGAUCACAAAAAAAUGUAUUAUCCUAGUGAAACAUUAAGUAUUGAAAAGGUAUUUGAGUAUUAUGAUGAUGAUGAUAUAGCUCAGUCAGAUUGAGCCAUCACAUCAUUUUCAAUGAAUUGCAAUAGAGCUAGGUCUACUUGCUCCAAUACAGAUGCAUACAUGCAUCAAAGUAACCUGACAAAAAUGUAAAACCUAUUUUUCAUGUAAAAUGGUCAGGUUUACGAUACUGAUCUUACUACUUAGUGGCCAUUUUAGUUAAAUUCAACACCAUUUUCUAACUGCCAUUUCGUUCUGCCCCACAGAUCGAAUGGCCAAAGAGGAAGAGGAGCUCACUAGGCUGCGGAACGACCUGAGGAAGACGUCCAUCAGCCAGCCUCUCUCCAGACAGGCCUCUGAGGACAGCAGCAAGCCCCCGGUGGCCCCCACCGUGGCCAGGCCGGUGGCCCCCAGCAAGGAAGGGGUCAACGGCACCAACAAGCAGCAGCUGAGGGACACAAUCCGUAUGAUUGUCAGGGGCACCCUGGGCAGCUGCAGUAGUGAAUGUAAGUGCAGAGCGAGACUUGGGUUUGUUUCCAAAAUGGCACACUAUUCCCUUUAUUGUGCACUGUGACAUAAAAAAAAAAGUAUGAGUGGAAUUUUUUUUGUGCAGUCUUCUUUUUAGAAGUCUGUGAGAUACGAUCGGAUAGAUUCCCAGUUCAGUAGGAUGUUUUUGAAACCAAUUGUAAACAUAGAGAAUGGGCUUUGAUGAUAUUUCUGAUUGGUCUGCAGGUCUUGAGGACAGUACCGUGGGCAGUGUAGCAGACAACGUGGCCCGGGUGCUGAGAGGGUGUCUGGAGAAUAUGCCGGAAGGUAUGUAAUAAACAAUGAAUUGAAUGUUCUUUGCUUUAAAUGUUCAUUACAUUGAAUGUUCAUUACGGAGAUAAUUGAAUGAUAUACAUUUAUUUUAUUUAUAUAGCACCUUUCACACAACAUUGGCAACCUAAACAUGUAAUUAAAAUGAAAGUUAUAGUACUGUAGUAUUGAGUUAACGUUUCCCAACCCCCCCCUCCCCCCCAGCUGAUGACCUUCCCAAAGAGAAUCUGGGAAGCAGCUUCCAGUGGGUGACCAAAUGGGUGGACUACUCCAACAAGUACGGCUUUGGCUACCAGCUGUCGGACCACACCGUGGGAGUCCUCUUCAGUAACGGCACACACAUGAGUCUGCUAGCAGACAAGAGGUGAGUAGUGCCACCCUGUCGGUCUAGUUUGGUACCAGAUCUUACGAUUACAUUGGAAAAUAGGAUGGUCAAUUCUAAAGAUAUUAGGUAGAAAAAGUUUGGCCAAUCCCUAGGCAUUGCCAUUACUUAGCCAUUCCAUUCUCACAAAAGGCGUGAUCGUGCCAUUGGUUUCCCCCUCACUAACUGUUUUCCCCCUUUGGUGUUCUCUCCAGGACCGUUCACUACUAUGCUGAGCUGGGCCAUUGUUCUGUCUUCUCCACAUGCGAGGCUCCAGAGCCAUUCAUAGGCCAGGUCACCAUUCUGAAAUACUUUGCCCAUUACAUGGAGGAGAACCUUAUGGAUGGUGGAGACCUGCCCAACGUGACAGACCCCAGGAACCCCAGGCUCUACCUGCUGCAGUGGCUCAAGUCAGACCGGGCCCUCAUGAUGCUCUUCAACGACGGCACCUUCCAGGUACAGCUGCACAGCAAUAUCGCUUAUUGUCUAGAUGGCUGUUCUCUAUGGCUUUGCCCUACAUGGCUUCCUAUUCCCUAUAAACAUGACUAGGGAGCCAUUUUAGAUUAGCCCCUUUGACUGUGCUUCUUGAAAGUGGGGGACAGAAAGCGCCCCAAUAUUUUUUAUUUUGGAAAAACAAAUGCGAAUAUGUUUAAGCAUAUCCAGCCACACUUUCCCUCGCUUUCACACGUGCGCGCACCCCUCGCUUUCACACGUGCGCGCACCCCUCGCUUUCACAAGCACGCACACCCCUCGCUUUCACAAGCACGCGCACCCCUCGCUUUCACAAGCACGCACACCCCUCGCUUUCACAAGCACGUACACCUCGCAAAACAAAUCUCUAAUCCGACUAGACUGCUAGACACAUGCCACGCCUCGCUCCGCCACCUCACCACAGACAGUCUACAUAUACCCACUCCCAUGGUGAAAUAAUUUUGUUUUGCUGCGUUCUGACUCCUCCUAACCUCCCUCCCCUCCCUUGCAGGUGAACUUCUACCAUGACCACACCAAGAUCCUCCUGUGCAGACAGAGUGAUGAGUACCUGCUCACCUACAUCAACGAGGAGCGCAUCUCCACCACCCUGCGCCUGAGCACCCUCCUAAUGGCCGGUUGCAGCGCCGACCUGCGCAGUCGCAUGGAGUACGCACUCAACAUGCUGCUGCAGAGGUGCAACUGA